AUGGCAGCUACUCGUAAUCAGACUGAAUUAGAGAAGGUGAUUAAAGAACACUCUAAUUCCUUGUUGAAAUUCGAAGCAUUUGUUGAAAAAGCUGAGAAAUCCUUUACGGAUAUUAAGCAAAUUCUUGACAAACUGACUAAUCAUCAGUUAAGAUCAGAUGGGGAAUAUUCAACUUCACAAGGAGAAAUCACUAGCAGCACAAGAAGUGAUCGUUUAUAUCGUUUGGGUAAAAUAGAGUUUCCAAGAUUUGAUGGGUCAGAAGUAGAGGAUUGGAUUUGUCGUUGUGAACAUUUCUUUGAUGUGGACGAGACACCGGAAAACUUCAAAGUCAGAUAUGCAGCUAUCAACCUGGAAGGAAAGGCUAUGAAAUGGCAUUCUUCUUAUCUUAAAAGAUUAGUCAAACCUAUUUCUGAGGUAACAUGGUCUGGAUAUUCUAGAACAAUUAUUGAUAGGUUUUCCACUACUUUGUUCCUUGACCCUAUGGGCAUUCUUACUUCUACAAUUCAAACGGGAUCAUUAGAGGAUUACUGUGAAAAGUUUGAUGCUAAUCUGUUGAGAGUCACAAUUUGUGAAGAGUAUGCUGUGAGUAUUUUCUUGAAUGGGUUGAAACCUGAAUUAGCUUGUCCUGUAAGAAUGUUUGAACCAAGAAAUAUGAAAGAAGCCUAUAAAUUUGCAAAGAAACAAGAUGCUUCUAAUCAAACAUUAGCCACUAAACACAAGUAUCAUUCUACCUACAAUGGGAAAUUCUUUCCAUCCAAUUCAAAUUCUGUUCAAAAUCCCACUCCUAUAUCUUCAGUCAAACCUCCUGUUAAUACAGCCCAUUUACCCCUUUUACCUUCCCCUCCUAUAAACCAAAAAGUGGCUAACACUAAGUCCUUAACAACCAAGGAAAUGGCCAUGAAAAGAUCAAAAGGAGAAUGUUUCUGGUGUAAUGAGAAAUUCACUCCUACCCAUAAAUGCCCAAAUAAACAGCUGUAUAGCAUUGAAUUGAAAGGGGAUGAAGAGGAUGAUGUUGAUCUUAUUGAUGGGGUAAGAGCAGAAACUAUGAUAGACACUACUGUUGAUGAUCCAUUGAUUUCAAUCCAUGCCUUAACAGGAGUACCAUCUUUUUCUACAAUGCAAGUGGUGGGAAAUAUUGGUACUAGGCAAUUACAAACCCUGGUUGACUCUGGGUCAACUCAUAACUUUCUCAAUGAAAGGUUGGCUAAGAAGAUUAAUUGCCCUUUAGAAGAUAUUAAACCUAUGAAAGUAGGAGUGGCUAAUGGAGUUCCCUUGAUAUGUGACAAGAUAUGUCACAACUUCCAAUGGCAGAUGCAGGGAUUGUGGUUUAAAGCUGAUGUGUUUGUGAUUCCCUUAGAAACUUAUGACAUGGUACUUGGGGUCCAAUGGUUGUUACCUUUGGGAGACAUUGUGUGGAAUUUCAAGGAUUUGACAAUGCAAUUUAAGGUGGAAAAUGAGGUAUACCAGUUAAAAGGGAGUAAUACUAAUAAGAUCACCUUGUGUUCUAUGAAGACUAUGAAUCACUUACAAAUAGAGGCUGAUGCAGAGGGUAAUUUUCAGCACACAACAAAAGUUAAAGGAUCAGAUUCUAAUGUGGAAAUUGAAACAUUAUUGGACUCCUUUGCUGAUGUGUUUCGAGUUCCUACAUCUUUGCCACCAUCAAGGCCCUAUGAUCAUCGAAUUUUACUUAAAGAUGAGUCAAUGGUGAUUAAUUUGAAACCUUAUAGGUACCAAAUGGCCCAAAAAGAUGUGAUUGAAGCUAUGACCAAGGAACUGUUGGAUACUGGUGUCAUCAGGGGCAGUACAAGCCCAUUUGCAGCCCCUGUGGUUUUAGUUAAAAAGAAAGAUGGUAGUUGGCGAAUGUGCAUUGACUAUAGGAGACUUAAUGAGGCCACAAUUAAAAAUAGUUAUCCUAUUCCAUUAAUAGAGGAACUACUUGAUGAGUUGGGGGAAGCCACGGUAUUUUCUAAGCUUGAUUUGAGGUCGGCUAAACCUCUCACUAAUCUUUUAAGGAGAGACAGUUUUAUAUGGGAUGCUUCAGCUGAUCAGGCUUUUGCCCUCCUAAAGUCUGCCUUGUGUUCACCUCCUGUCCUGGCCUUACCCAAUUUUUCCAAGCCCUUUAUUUUGGAAACUGAUGCAUCCUCAAAGGGCAUAGGAGCAGUUUUAAUGCAAGACUUUCAUCCUCUGGCCUAUGUAAGUAAAGCUCUAUCUCCAAGACAGCAGGCUUAUUCAGUUUAUGAAAAAGAACUAUUGGCCAUCAUCUUUGCUGUUAAACACUGGCAACAUUAUCUGUCCAUUGGCCAUUUCAUAAUCAGAACUGACCAAAAAAGCCUCAAGCAUCUGAUGGAGCAGAAGUUGACUACACCAUUGCAGCAUGUAUGGCUUUCGAAAUUAAUGGGCUUUGAUUAUGAGAUAGUGUAUAAGCAAGGGGUUGAGAAUAGAGCAGUGGAUGCAUUAUCAAGGGUCCAGGGUCCUACACUCUUCACAAUAUCCUUGUCUACAAUGGAUCCUACCUUACUAGACAAAAUAAAACAAUCUCGGGUGACUGAUUCUGUCUUAUAUCAUAAGUUGAAGAAGUUGCAGGCUGGGAACUUAUUGCAACACUACAACUGGAAUGGAGUUUUGUUUACCAGGAAAGGGAAAGUUUUGUUGGGAAAAGAUGAAGAUUACAAGGUACAAUCAUUAAACUGUGUCAUAGUUCUGCUAUGGGAGGACAUUCAGGGAUGCAUGCCACCAUUCAAAGGAUUGCCAGCUUGUUUAAAUGGAAAGGAUUGA